CGCCGGUGAUGUGCUUGUGCGGAGGCCUCGCGGAGGACAACGCCAGGAUCGUCCUCCUUGCCGUUGUCCUGGCAGCGUACAUGCUCGCAGGCGCGGCUCUCUUCCAAAGGCUGGAGAGCGAUCUCGAGAUACGGCAGGCCACGGAAUUCUGGCGGGUCUACCACGCGUUUCGGAGGCACCACCUGCGAGGUAGCCCCCUGGCCCUGCAGAGGCUGCACGAGCUGCUGUACGCCUACGGCAACGCUUCCGCUACCGGCGUCAUUAACAAGAGACGCCGCUGGGACUUUCCCGGUAGCUUUCACUUCGUCGGCACCAUAGUUUCGACCAUCGGGUACGGAAGCACCGCGCCCCAGACAACGGCGGGCAAAGCGGCCGUCAUUCUUUAUGGUUUCUUCGGUUGUUCCGGCGGCAUCUUGUUCUUCAAUCUCUUCCUGGAGAGGAUCAUUACUCUCCUGGCGUGGAUCCUGCGCAGCUGGCACGUGCGUCGACUGAGGAGGCGUCUCCGCAGGAGCACGCUGACGUCCCGGCGGAUCUCCAAGUCGUCGGGCGCCCAGCGGCCGUCUCUGCCGGACAUCCUGGACGACGACGACGACCACGUGGACCUGGACCAAUGGAAGCCGAGCGUGUACUGGGUCAUGCUCUACUUGUCCGUCACCUCCUGCAUCGUCGCCUGUUGCGCCGCGGCCCUUUACGCGCCGCUGGAGGGCUGGGGCUACUUCGACGCGCUGUACUUCGCCUUCGUCAGCUUCACCACCAUCGGCUUCGGCGACUUUGUCAGCACGCAGAAACCGAGCUACCCCUACGUGCAUUGGUAUAGAUUCACGAACUUCGUCUUCCUCGUGGUGGGAUGUUGCUGCAUCUACUCCCUGCUGAACGUCACGUCGAUCGUGAUAAAGCAGGGCCUGAAUUACGCGAUACACAAGCUGCAGUACGGCAAUCGGGACGUGGCGGCGCCGUAUUUACCGAGGCGGCAGUCCUCCGUGUCGAGCGUGUACUACUCCAAGAGGCGGCCGACGCGGCUGGUCGGCCGGGACUCGAUCAGGGCGGAGGACAGCUCGGAGACGCCCCGCAGGAUGUCGGGCGAGAUGAUCUCCAUGAAGGACUUCCUGUCCGCGAACAAGGUCUCCCUGGCCGUGAUGCAGAAGCAACUGUACGACGCCGCGCAGAAGCAGCGGGGCGGAGGCUCGCUCGCCGCCACGCCGAAUCACCAGGUGUUGAAGCCCGGAGCGGUCGGCCCGCUCGCGAUCGCCAGCGAGAAGUUCGAAAGUAAAAGCACGAUAAACAGAUAGGAGGGCCGCGGCGAAAUAAAGGCUAUAAAAAAAUAUAUGUAAACGUACAUGACCCGCACACCUGUCUCGAGUAUAAUUUUUCAUCGUGUCGCUUAACUCGCCUCGACAAUUUUUUUAUAGCAAACUCGUUGACACCGACUACCCCU